GCAGAUUGUAAACAGAGUGCUAAUCAGUGCGUGGUGUCUGGAAGGUAUAGUGACAGUUGUUGCCUAUCAUCCAUUUCAUUGAACCUGCUAAAGAGUGUGCUGACAUGGGGGUAAAAGGCUUACAGUACUUUAUGGAGACUUGUUAUCCAGAGACUUGCAUACAUGUGCACUUGAGACAGUUGGCUGCAUCUUAUGCUGAAGCCCAUCCUGAUAUGACGCCUACCUUGGUGGUGGAUGGAAUGGCCUGUUUGAGGUACUGGUAUAAGUGUCAAGCCUGGGUCCAUGGUGGUCAGUGGCAAGAGUACAUGCAUUUUCUGCAAAAAUUUGUGGAGGCAUUUACAGCAAUAGGAUUAGGAUUGGUCUUCUUCUUUGAUGGGACCAUAGCGGAACAGAAGAGAGCAGAAUGGGUGAAGAGACGGCUGAGAGUCAACCAGGACAUAGCCAGAAUAUUUAACUACAUUAAGAAUCGGCAUCAGCAACCAGACAGAGAAAUGUUCUGCCUACCCUCAGGACUGGCCACCUUCUCCAGGUUCGCACUAAAAUCUCUUGGUCAAGAAACACAUUGCUCUGUUUCUGAUGGAGAUUACGAAAUUGCUGAAUAUGCACUCCAUAACAACUGCAUUGGUAUUCUUGGUCAGGACACAGACUUUGUCAUCUUUGACACAGUUCCGUAUAUGUCCAUUGCUAAACUCAGAUUAGAAAAUAUGACCACAGUGCAGUACUCCAGAGAAAAGCUGUGUCACAUCCUAAAGCUUCAAAAGUCUGAUCUUCCUUUCCUGGCAUGCAUUCUCGGUAAUGAUAUUGUGCCAGAGCAUCAACUGCAGAAUCUUCGUAAAAAUGCCUUAACCUUUUAUGGAAAAAAACACCAGGGUGACAAGGUCCAUGCUGCAGCAGAGUUCAUAAAAAGAUAUCAUCCAAACAGUGAUGCAGUAUGUAACAUCUCCUCACUACCUUUAUCCAAAGUUGAUAUGGAUGUUGUUGAAAAGGGAAUCCAGUCAUAUCUUCUCCCAGGACAAUCAUCACCUUGGUUAGAUCAAAACCUACCUUUCCCAGAGCUGGUGUGUGUAAUGGAAAAGUACCUGAACAAAGAUAUAUUACAGGCAGCAAAAGAGAAGCACAUACGAGCAGAGUGUUUUAUGGUCUAUAAUGUCCUCCAGGAUGGGGUGGUGGAAUGCAGCAAUACGCUGGAAGAUGAGGAUCUUGGACUGCCACCCCAAGCUAUUUUAUACCAACCACUUAGAGAACAUAUUUACAGUAUUCUCUUGCCGAGUUCUUACGGUGAAACAUUGUCUGUGAAAGAAUGGUUUGUUUUUCCCAGAAAUCCACUUAAAGAACCAAAAAAUGUGACUCCAAAGCCUCUAAAUCUUCCAGAGGGAAUUCCUGACCUUACAACUCUGUGGUUUGGGAAAGAUUCAGAGGUGAAGCAUGUCCGUGUGUCCACUUUCCUGGCUAUUUUUGGCCUACAGGACUUUGCUGAAGAGCUGAAAUCUUUUGACACAUCUUUGGUAGCUGUGAUUUGUCUCGUAACAUACAUAGCUAUUCAGGCUAAACACUUCUCUGUAGAAGACGUAGAUGCAUAUCUAAGUCAAGCCGUCUGUAUCAGAUAUAAGUCAUACACAGAUCUGCAACAUACAAUGGUCCCUCAGGUGGAUCCCAGGGCUGUUCACCUUGGUUCCCUCUUUGUACGGGGACUAACCUACCUGAUUGCUGCCAAUAGUGCCUGUGGUUUUCCUUUUGCAAUGAAUGAGAUCAUGCCUUGGAAUAUCUUUGAUGGCUUGCUUUUUCAUUCUAAAUACUUACAAGCACACACUGAUUGUGCUAAAGAAGAGCUUUUAGAGAGAAAUCCUGCAUGGAUAUCACUAUUUCUCACACUUCGAGAUCUGGUGCUCAAAGCCUGCAGUAGACAUGGCUCUAUUCUUAGUUUUCCAGGUAGACUUCAGCACGGGAGGCCCACGGAUGGAGAGUCAUACAGAGAGAGUGAACCCCAAUUUCUUAGCACCCUAGACUUAAACCAUAGACAGCAAUCCAGGGGUCCAGGCUUCCACAUGCGAGGACACGAUAAUAGAGCAAGAUCAAGAACAAGGCAUCCUAACAGAAAAAGAUAUCACCUUGCCGCAAGAUGGCCUCAGUAACAAGAACAGCUUUCCCUUGACAAAAAAGUUCAAGCAAGAAGAUCAUGGAGGUGAUGGAUUAUUUAUUCUGGUGAAAUGAAUGCACCAACUGCAGCUGGCUGUUCACAAUGCAUGGUCUACUGUGGGUUUGACUGUCUGACUCUGUGACUGAGUAGGGCGUAGACAUUUUUAUAGCGCACUCCUCUACACACGGUCUUGAUUAUCAGUAAGAGCAUGCUCACAGAAUGAAAACCAGUGACAGUACGUUCCAUAGAAACUUAUAAAAACAAAAUGAGUAAUAGUAAGACUUAUGCACCUGCCCUUGCUAUUGGCACAUACAGUAUGUCACUUGUUUGCACAGAGUACACACAGUCAACAAAGAAAAAAGCAGAAUAAAAACGAUCAAUUAAUAUGUAUUCAGAGUUAGUUAUUGUUCUCUACUUCUGAAAAGAGUGGGAUACCAGUGUCAUUCUGCUUUAUCCUUCUCUGUGUCCUAAAAUGCAUUAAGCAGUGGUUAUGGUUUAAAGUUAUGGUUGUCUUUUGUGUAAAGACAUCAUUUUUUUUAAAUAGUUUUUUUUUUUUUUUUUUUUUGUGGUUUCUUGAUUCCCAUCUCACCUGAUCCAACUAAUCUCUUUGUUAGCAAGCUCAACAAAAUGUGCAGAAAAUUAAUACUUUGAGACCAGGAUGAAGAAACACUUUGUAAAGGAUCUGAAUCAGAGACAGAAACAAAACCUUUAUUUUGUAUGUGCCAAAAAUAUAUGAUGAUCAAAACUGAGCUGUAGCCCUAAUUAUCAUUAGGUGGUUUCUUAUUUUACAGCCCAUGUGAUUUGAAUGGAAGUUCGCACAAAUAUCUUAUCACUAUGUGUAGGACGUCCUUGGAUGGAGAAAGAAGUUGACAAAUAAGUAGAUUUUUAUGUAGCUAAACUUCUGUUAAUUUCAUAGUAUUUCAUUACACAUGUUUCUUUUAGAGUUUAACAUGAAGGUUUGU